AUGUCGCAAGGGCUCAGAGUCACCCUGUACGUACAACAGUACUCUACCAUGCGUCUACACAGCGGCAGUACUCACUCCCCUCCCCUCUCGUUCCUCCUCCACCGCGUGUCGUCGUCAUCCACUUCUCGAACCUCGCAGUCACCCGCUGCCGCUGCUCAACGUCUCGGAGCACCUCACCCGUGUCAGCUGGCAGCAGAAUGACCCCAAUGUCCGAGGUAAGCACACAUGAUCGUACACCUACCGGCAGCCGGCAGGGUACUUACUGAUCGGCUCCCUCACCGUUCCCUCGCCCCCACUUGUGCUCCCCCUCCUCCCCCCCCACAGUCGUUGGAGCCUUGUUGGGCACUCAAGUAGGACGCGAUCUCGAAAUAAUCAACUCGUUCGAGAUCGUAUGUCUACCUUCCGAGGACAAGCCCGGCCAUCUCCUCGUCGACCACGAAUACUUUGUCACCAGGAGGGAUCAGUGUCAGUCACCGACUCGACGAGCACGAGGGAGAGGUAGAGGUGCACGAAUGCUGAUCGGCCUGUGACAUACCUCACAGUCAAGCAAGUUUUCCCGACAUUGGAUGUGCUGGGAUGGUACAGCGUCGGCACCGAACCCACAGAACAGGACAUUGCUCUCCACCGUCAAGUAAGCUGCCGAAAUCAGCUUCGCAGCUCCAUGUGAACACCAGCAUGCUCAUCCCGUACCGUGCUCAUCCCUACAGUUCCUCGAAUACAACGAGAACCCUCUCUUCCUCCAACUCGAUCGCUCCAACGCCGCCACGGCCAACUCGAAACAACUCCCCGCGACCAUCUACGAAUCCAUCGUCGAACUCGGCCAAGGCGACCAAUUGGCCAAGACCGUCUUGGUCCCUACGCCGUACGAGAUCGAGACCGGUGAAGCUGAACGAGUCGCGGUGGAUCAUGUCGCGAAAUCGUCUGAUUCGGAGGCGGCGGGCGCCAAUUCGAGUCGUGAGUGCUGUCCCCUCCACCGCCCAAGAGUUCUCGCUACCGAAAGCCGGAACUGAUGAUCGUCCUGACGGUACCAACAGUCGUGGCUUCGUUGACAACCCAACGCAACGCCGUCAAAAUGUUGCACGACCGCAUCCGUACCAUCGUGUCCUACCUUGAAGCCGUCCAACAAGGCACCGCACCGAGGGACGACGAAACGUUGCGUCAGAUCUCGGCGUUGCUGACGAGGUUGCAACCCAAGACGACGGCCAAGGCCGAUGCUCGAGAAGGAGAGGAUAAAGGUGGAGAGAUGGAUCUGCUUGAUGAUGGGUACGAGGAAGAGUUCAUGACCGAGUUCAACGACGUCAUGUUGACGACCUAUUUGGCCGCGAUGACGAAGGGCUUGUACUCGGCGAACGAUGUGAGUUAAUCCUGGCCCAUAAUGAAGCACGAAGUCCUCGCUGAUAUCGUCUGCAUUUCAUAUCCACAGCUUCUGGACAAACAACUCGUGCUCCUCUCGGGAUCGAAUGUCAAUGCUGGGGAGGAAGGAGGUCUCAUGGGUGGUGGUGCGAGGACAAGAGGUGGAGGACCUGGAGGAGACAAGAGCUCUCAAGGACCCUCGGGCCGUGCGCAUCCUCGAAGAGGGCUGUCUUCUAUGGCCUGA